AAAAUACCACUUUAAACAAACAUGCCAGUCUCUGGCUGCCUUGAUUGAUAUGUCAGACUCUGAGGAGGAGGAGAGGGCACCUUGCUGUAAAGCUCCUUGGGAGUCUGGUGGUCAUGUUUGCCUAACUAAGUUAUCCAAAUUGUGAGUCAUUCGGCUCAGGCAACUAGAACGUGCCUUCAGGAGACUGCCCCCUCGGCACGGAGGGGAGAUGUGCUUGCACAUUGGUAUCUUUGUUGUAUUUCUGGACUUUGUGGCAUUUUUGGCACCUUUUUUCUCCUUGGGUACAAGCAUUCAAGCUCAUGCGACUCCUUCCAUACCUCAGCACUCCUGUGGGUCCAAUGCCCUUUUCCAGUCACCCAGCUUGCGGUGCAAUUGCUGAACCCUGAGCUGCCGCCCCACACUCCAUGCCUGGCCUCUCGCCGGCUCCGCCGUGCUGCGGGACGAGCGAGGGAUGCAAUCCCGCCGCUCAGAUUUACCACCUUCUCUUUCACACCAUUGCCUAAGUCUCAUUAAGCGCUGGAGCAUUCUGACUGGCGUCACAACGUCCUCUUUCUGUUGUGGGGAUGCAAUGAGAGCAUCAAGGCCAUGUUGAUGGGCACAUCUUGCUUAUAACACCCCGUCUUGCAAUUUAUUGCCUCGUUCCCUGUCGCAGCCUGACUUCGUUUUAACUCAUGGUGGACUUGCUCCUGUGCCGGGGCAGGUUUAGCCCUCGCCAUCGCAUGAAUUUCCUAUGCAAAUGGCUAACGGUGAUGCUCGCCCAGCGGCACCUGCAGCGUCUAGACCGGUUCCUUCGCUUGCACCCACAUGCAAAUUUGUGGAGAAGGAGCUGAGACCCACAGCCGAGUUGCCGACACCGCCGCUUUCUGCCAUCCUGGAGGUGAACGGAAACCUGAGCUGUAGGUGUGUCAAGACGACUUCGGACUACAUCAGUCCGAAGAGAUACGAAAGCAUCGAGAUAAGGCCCGUGGGAAGCACCUGCAGACGGCCGGAGAUCAUAAUUAAGUUAAGGCCCUCGGGGAAGGUGUGUGUGAACCCCGACGCCCCCUGGGUGAAGAAGCUGCUGAAGCGCAUCGCCAGCACGAAGAAAAGAUAAGUUUCCCGCUAAGGAAGUUGUGUCCGGGAGCCCCGCGCCGGCGGGGUGCCAGCCCGGCUGCUCACGCCUGGCCCCGCGUCCCUCCCCGAAGCCCCGCGGUGGGUUCCGGGGGUGUCCCCGGAUCAGCGUGAUCGUGAACGUUUAUUUACUCACCUCUAGAUUUCACAGUGUUUUUCUGUGGGGGCUGCUGCCGUCCCUGCUGGAAUGACAUUGUGACUGGUUUUGGCAUGAAACACUCAUCAACAGAGCGUGUGUCCGGGCUUUUAAUUACACCACGUGGCGUGGUCUGUCCUGAGAGCUCAAGUCAAAUAAAACCUGGGUUUUUUUGCUGUUGUA